AUGUCUUAAAAAUCAAAAACAUUAUUGCAAUUACUUCAGCAACAAUAACAUUUUCAUGAUGAUAUUAACACAUCCUUAGAGUCUAAUUACAGACAUAGUUCAGAACAUACUGAAAAGAAGUUUGAUCUUAAAUUACAAAAAUCAAUACUUGAUCUCUAUUCUCAAAUUAAAAGUAAUAUUCUCAAAACUGAAGAUCAUGUACAAAAUCUAAUCCAAAAUAGUUACUACUCUGUUAAAUCAGAAAAUUGGUUCCUUUAGAUAAACCAGAAGAUCUUUAUACAGAUCCAAAUAGUUUAAUUUGUUAUAUUGGAUGUAUAUUCACAGUUCUUAUGCAAGAUAAAGUAUUUUUUAAAUCUGAAUAGUUAAAUUUAGAAUAAUAAGUAGAAGAACAAAAAAAUAGAGAUUAAAGUGAUUAUGAAGAACAAUUAAUUAAAUUAGAAGCUGAAAUUCGAUAACACAUAAGAGUAUUUUUAUAAAUUAAAUUAGAUUGAAUAAUAAUUGAAAUUAUUUGCAGAAAAUACUCAAUCAAAAUUAGAAGAUGCAUUAAAAAUUAAAGAAGAAUUAGAGGAAGAAUUAUAAGCAAUUAAAAGUGAUUUUCAAGUAUUAUAUGAUAAAAAUAAUACUUUAAAUUAAAAGUUAAGAACUCAAGAGAAAGAAAUUUAGAUUAUCAAAAAUAGUAGUACAAUUGAGAUUAAUAAUCAACCGCUUAAAUCAAACUAAAAUAUUCUAAAAGUAUUUUCUAAAAAGGAGAAUAUCGAAAAUGAACCUCCAAAAUAAUAAUCAAUAACUUUCAAUUUAUAAGUAGAUAAGUAAAAACCACCUCUUUAAGACUUUGUAUUAUUUAUUAUUUAUUUUUCAUUUAGCAGUAGUAAGACAGACUAUAAACUGAUCCAUAGGAUGAUUAUUUUAAACCUAAAAAUGAUUCUCAUAAAAGAAUGAUUUCAACUCAUAUAGCAAAUAAUUAAAAUAACAAAUCAAAUUAUUUGGCUACUAGAACAUAAACAGAAUCAUGUGAAUAUUAAGAGAGAAAAAGAAAACAUAAUGUAUCUCAUUAUGAAACAUCAAAUGUUACAAAACAUUAAAGAAAUAAGACUGCUUAAAAUGUAUUAAAUUUGAUAAGUAUUAAACAUUUUCAUAUUAGAAGAUCAAGAACUUAAGCGUCAAUAAUCAGUAAAAGCAUGUUAAGACAAAAAUCAAAUUAAUUAAAAUAAAGCAACAAAAAAAUCAUCAACUUCUCAACAUGCAGAACCUAAUAGGUCAAACAAUUCUGUUCAUAGUUUUCGUAAAUAACCACCUGAAGUUAGUUAGAUUCCUCGACCUUUUUCUUGUGCUGAAUAAAUUGAAGAAUCACAUAAUUCUGUAACUUAAAUUCAUAAAAUAUAUUUUUAGUUUCACAAAGAUUUAAGCAUGGAUAUGGGUAAUUAUUAAAAACAAAGUGGAGAUUACUCAGAUAAUUAAUAAUAAAUAAAAAAACUAUUAUAAUAAUAUCAAUAAAAACAUUCUCUUAAUGACACUUUAACUAAAAAAUUACUUUAAGAAUAUAAAAAAAGAUAAGGUUUCAAUUGCAAGACAAUUUAUUGA